CUACAACAUGACCCACAGGGGCAAUGCAGGUCCUCUCUGCAGCUGGAAGGUGGUGACCAUCCUGGUUGCCCUAAGCGCAGAACUCCGAUUUCUGGAAGCUGGAAUACAACUUCGAGACAAUGGCUAUGACGGAGUGCUUGUGGCAAUAAAUCCUCAGGUACCUGAGAGUCAGAUCCUCAUCUCAAACAUUCAGGAAAUGAUAGCUGAAGCUUCUUUUUACCUAUUCAAUGCUACCAAGAGAAGAGUUUUUUUCCGGAGCGUACAGAUCUUAAUACCUGCCACAUGGUCAGCAGGUAAUUACAGCAAAGUGGUACAUGAAUCAUAUGAUAAGGCCAAUGUCCUUGUGACUGACUGGAAUGGAGCACAUGGAGAUGACCCAUUUGUCCUGCAGCACAGAGGCUGUGGACAGGAAGGAAAGUACAUUCAUUUCACACCUGCCUUUCUACUGAACGAGAAACUUACUGCAGGCUAUGACUCACGAGGCAGAGUGUUUGUGCACGAGUGGGCCCAUCUCCGGUGGGGUGUAUUUGAUGAAUAUAACAAUGACAAGCCCUUCUACAUCAAUGGACAAAAUCAAAUUAAAGUAACAAGGUGUUCAUCUGACAUCACAGGCAUUUUUGUAUGUGAAAAAGGUCCUUGCCCCCAAGAAAACUGUAUCAUUAGUAAACUUUUCAAAGAGGGAUGCGUGUUUGUUUACAACAGUACCCAAAAUGCCACUGCUUCAAUAAUGUUCAUGCAAAGUGUGUCUUCUGUGGUUGAAUUCUGUAACACAAGUAACCACAACCAAGAGGCUCCUAACCGCCAGAACCAGAUAUGCAGCCUUGCAAGUGCUUGGGACAUAAUCACAGCCUCAGCUGACUUCAACCACAGCACUCCUCUGAGGGGGUCUGAGCUGCCGCCUCCUCCCACAUUCUCCGUUGUGCAGGCUGGUGACAAGGUGGUCUGUCUAGUGUUGGAUGUAUCCAUCAAGAUGGCAGAGGCUGACAGACUCCUUCGAUUGCAGCAAGCAGCAGAAUUUUAUUUGAUGCAGAUUGUUGAAAUUCACACCUUUGUGGGCAUUGCCAGCUUCAGUAGCAAAGGAGAGAUCAGACUGCCGCUCCAGCAAAUUAGCAGCCAGGAUGAUCGCAAGCGGCUUGUUUCCUAUCUGCCCACGGCUGUGACUGCUGAAGCAGAAAUCAGCAUCUGCUCGGGACUAACGAAGGCCUACGAGGAGGUGGAAAAACUGAAUGGCAAAGCUUCCGGCUCUGUGAUCAUAUUAGUGACCAGUGGUGACGAUGAACAUAUUGGCAGCUGUUUACUCAGUGUGCUCAGCAGCGGCUCAACCGUCCAUUCCAUCGCACUGGGGUCAUCUGCAGCCCGAAACCUAGAGGGAUUGGCACGUCGUACAGGAGGUUUAAGCUACUUUGUUCCGGAUCAAUCAAACUCCAAUAGCAUGAUUGAUGCUUUUGGUAGAAUUUCCUCUGGAACUGGAGACGUUUUCCAGCAGAGCAUCCAGAUUGAAAGUAUGAGUGAAAUUGUUAAACCUCACCAUCAUCUAAAACACACUCUGACUGUGGAUAACAGCGUAGGCAACGAGACUAUCUUUUUUGUCACAUGGCAAACCAGCGGGGCCCCUGAGAUUGAAUUAUGUGAUCCUGAUGGAAGAAAAUACCACACAAACCAUUUUAUCAUCAGUCCAGCUUUCCAGACAGCUAGUCUUCGGAUUCCGGGAACUGCUAAGCCUGGACCUUGGACUUACACACUGAACAAUACACACCAUUCUCCUCAAGCCCUGAAAAUGACAGUGGCCUCUCGUGCCUCCACCUCAGCUGUGUCCCCAGCCAUUGUGGAGGCCUUUGUAGACAGAGAUGACACCCAUUUUCCUGACCCUGUGAUGAUUUAUGCAAUUGUGAGAAAGGGUUUUUAUCCCAUUCUUAAUGCCACUGUAAUUGCUACAGUUGAGCCAGAGACUGGAGAGCCUGUUACACUAAAACUUCUUGACAAUGGAGCAGGUGCUGAUAUUAUAAAAAAUGAUGGAAUUUACUCGAGGUAUUUUUUCUCCUUUGCUGUAAAUGGCAGCUAUAGCGUGAAAGUACGUGUCAGUCACUCUCCCAGCACACAUAUCCUAGCGCACUCCAUUCCAGGAAGUCAUGCUAUGUACGUACCAGGUUACAUAGCAAAUGGUAAUAUUCAGAUGAAUGCUCCAAGAAACUCAGUGCGCAGCAAAGAGGAGAAAGAAAAGUGGGGCUUUAGCCGAACAAGUUCUGGGGGCUCCUUCUCAGUGCUGGGAGUCCCAGCUGGCCCCCACCCUCAUGUGUUUCCACCAUGUAAAAUUAUUGACCUGGAAGCUGCCAGAGUGGAUGAGGAGGUGACCUUAUCCUGGACAGCUCCUGGAGAAGACUUCGAUCAGGGCCAGGCUACCAGCUAUGAAGUAAGACUGAGUAACAGUCUUCAGAAUAUUCGAGAUGACUUUAACAAUGCUGUUUUAGUGAAUACGUCAAAACUAAGUCCUCAGCAAGCUGGCACCAGGGAGCUAUUUACAUUCUCACCCAAAUUUUUCAUAAAUAGAUCUGAGUAUCAACUUGGUGAAGAAACCCAAAACAGCCACAGAAUUUAUGUGGCCAUACGAGCAAUGGAUAGGAAUUCCUUGAAGUCUGCUGUGUCUAACAUUGCCCAAGUGUCUCUGUUUAUUCCCUUGAAUUCUGUUCCUGUACUUACCAGAGAUCAUCUUAUACUAAAGGGAGCAAUUGGUUCAAUAGGAAUGGCGUGCCUUAUUAUAGUUAUAGCACAUUGUGCUUUAAACAGGAAAAAAAGAGCAGACAAGAAAGAGAAUGGAAUACAACUACUAUGA